AUGGCCGCCUUCGUGAGGGUUUCUGGUCCCCCCAACAGUAGCUUUCUCGUCGGCUACCCGGGCAUCUCUGCAACCCUGCCCCGAAUCGAAGGCAAAGUCGAGAUCCGCCCGUCACAGGGCUAUUCCAUGCCCGUCGCCGUUUCGCUGGUGCGCAUUUGUCUGCAGCGACGAGAAACCAUCCACCCCGCCGCCGAGAACGUCGCGAAACGACACCUGGGCACACCGAGAAGAGAGACCACCGACGUGGUCGGUAAAGAGCUUCUGCUGUUCCGAUGCCAGUCCGGCAAGGAGGCCGAGAGCGUCAUUGCCAUGGAUCUGCCUUUUGUCCUUUUUAUCCCCUUUGGAAGAGGCGGCGAGGAGACGAACCGACGAAUACCCCCCGCAUCGCUUCAACUCCCCAGCCGGACCGCUGAGACGUACUACGAGCUUGUAGUCACCGUCCAGCAAGGCCACACCCUCCAGAACAAAUACUCCUUCCCCAUACCCUUGCAACGCUACGACACCUUGUCGACCUUCGGCAUGUACAACAAACCCGAAUCGCGCCAAGUCAGCGACGCGAGCGUCGUCACCCUGGGCAUCUCGGUUCCCAAAUGGAGUUAUGGACCCCUCGACCCAAUAACAGUCUACAUCAAACUGGUACCGAACCCCGACUGGAUGAAGAAGGCUUUGAAGGUCACCAUUCAGAAGAUCACCGUCACUAUCGAGGAGGAGAUUACCUACAACCCCGAAGGCGACGAGCCGACGAAAAAGGUCAACAAGGUCGCAAAGAACAUACAGCUGGUGAACACAAGAAUGCCAGAGGCAGGCUAUGCCACCAAUGUCGGCUUGGUCUUCCCCUCCAAGGACCUGCGCGACCCCGAUGGCAUCAUCCGAAGAGGAAAGCCCGCGUUUCCCCUCUACCAAGUGACAUCCUUCACCACGAGCUCAACAUUAUACAAGAUUGAAUUCUACCUGACGGUCAAGGCGCAACUAGGUUCUACCAAAGACUUGGUAGUUCGACAACCGCUCGUCAUCUGCCCGCUGGACCAGCAGGCAUGUAAAGAGGAAAUGGACGCCAUCGAACAAGCUGCCAAGGAUGCCUCACAGGUCGACCCGAACAACCCCAUGCUCCCUGCCCGCUCGAUCGUCUUGGCGAAUGACCGAGAGUCAAUGAAGACGCUAGGCCUGUGUUUGGUAGGAGGGCAGAAAAAGCCGUUGAUCGAAUGA